AUGGAGAAAAAAGAAACUGCAGCAGCAUCUCCUAUGGGAAUGGGAGGAGUAUCUAGCAUGGACGAAGAGGUAGCAUGCAACUCCACCACCAUGCGUGCUUCUGAGACCUGCCUCCGUCUUCUUUCCGUUCCUCUAUGCAUCUCUGCAUUACUCCUUAUGCUUAAAAACUCUCAACAAAAUGAAUAUGGAUCCGUCGCCUACACUGAUAUUGCAGCUUUCAGGUAUUUGGUGAAUGUGAAUGGCAUAUGUGCAGGUUACUCACUGCUUUCAGCACUAUUCAUUGCUGCUAUGCCUCGCCAUUAUUCCACUAUAUCUCGUGCUUGGACUUUCUUCUUCCUUGACCAGGUGGUAACAUACAUGAUUGUGGUGGGUGGAGCCAUGUCAACGGAGGUGCUGUACCUGGCCGAGUAUGGAGGCGCUGCAACAACAUGGAGCUCUGCAUGUGGCUCUUUUGGUAGAUUCUGUCACAAGCUCACAGCAUCCAUAGCCAUCACAUAUGCUUCUCUAGGUUGCUAUGUGUUGCUGUCACUCAUGUCUUCCUACAAACUAUUCACCAACUAUGAUGCACCACCUAUAAGAAGCCCCAUUACUGCCAUUCACAUUGUGGCUUUCCAUGCCUCGCCCAAUUAA